AUGCGGCUCUCCGUGGCGGCCUGGAUCUCGCACGGGCGGGUGCAGCGGCGGAUGGGCUACGGGCCCCGCUCGCGCCUCGACCUGCUGCGCAACCUGGUCACGGGCCUAGUGCGGCACGAGCGGAUCGAGGCCCCCUACGCGCGUGUCGACGAGAUGCGCUUCUACGCCGAGCGGCUAAUUGACUAUGCCAAAUGUGGGGACAACGAUCCCAAAGCCAUGCGCAUGGCCAACUUCUGGCUGACGGAGAAAGAUCUCAUCCACAAACUUUUCAAAGUGCUGGCUCCACGCUUCCAGCCUUAUUCAAGGAACUACACUAGAAUGCUGCAAAUUCCUAAUCGUGACCACAUAGAUCGAGCCAAAAUGGCAGUCAUUGAAUACAAGGGGAACCCUUUCCCACCGCUCCCCAUUCCACAUAGAGACAGUGAAAAGACCCUGGUGAACCAGCUCCUGAAAGGUUAUAAGGACGAUGUGCUCCAGACCAAAGGAGCCCACCUCCUAGAAGGACAAGCAGGCACAGCGGUGUAG